AUGGCCAUGGCCGGCUUUGCCGACCACCCGCCACCGCGCAAGGACAUAAUCGCCGGUCGACCGGUAUUCAGAUUAUCUCGCCGUUACCUGCAAUUUUCUGUCCUUUUUCUGGGCUAUAUUUUAAUUUUGUUUCUAUCUAUCUGCCCGGCGGGAUUGCGUUCUCGGCGGGCACCGACAGCAGCGCCGGGAUUUGGGCUACUCGGAUUUUCCGGCGAGGAAAUGGAAAAACGUGGGUAUAAGCUGCAGGAGUUUGUGGCACAUGGGGGGAAUGUGAAUUGCUUGACCUUUGGCAAGAAGAAUUGCCGAGUGUUCAUUACUGGCGGAGAUGAUCAGAAAGUGAACCUCUGGUCAGUUGGCAAGCCGACAUCUCUAAUGAGCCUAUGUGGUCAUACAAGUCCAGUCGAGUCCGCAGCUUUUGAUUCAGCAGAGGUUUUAGUGGCAGCUGGAUCAUCUUCUGGGGCCAUAAAGUUGUGGGAUUUGGAAGAAACGAAAAUGGUCCGCACUCUUACUGGGCACAGAUCCUACUGCAUGGCUCUUGAGUUCCACCCUUUUGGUGAAUUUUUAGCAUCUGGUUCAAUGGACACGAAUCUGAAGAUAUGGGAUAUUAGAAAGAAAGGGUGCAUACACACAUACAAGGGCCACACUCGAGGGAUAAGCACGAUAAGAUUCACCCCUGAUGGCCGCUGGGUAGUGUCCGGUGGAUUGGAUAAAGCCGUUAAGGUAUGGGACCUGACGGCUGGAAAGCUUCUACAUGACUUCAAGUUCCAUGAAGGACAUAUCCGGUCCAUAGAAUUUCAUCCUCUCGAGUUUCUAUUGGCAACAGGUUCGGCUGACAAAACUGUGAAAUUUUGGGACUUGGAGACGUUUGAGAUGAUUGGAUCUACCAGGGUUGAGGAUUCAGGAGUAAGAUCAAUGACCUUCCACCCUGAUGGACGCACACUUUUCUGUGGAUUGGACGAUAGUCUAAAGGUUUACUCAUGGGAGCCCGUAAUUUGCCACGACUCGGUCGAUAUGGGAUGGUCAACACUUGGAGAUCUUUGCAUCCACGACGGGAAACUUUUGGGUGGUGCAUAUUAUGAAAACUCAGUGGCUGUUUGGGUUGCGGACGUCUCGCUUAUCGAGCCAUAUGGGACACGAGUGGAUGCAGAACAACACAGCAAAACGGACCCCAAAUGCGACAGCAAGGCAAAUAUUCCAGAGAAAGAGGAAAACCACCUCAAGUCAAAGUCAAACAUGCAGUCAACUGUGCCCGACAGUGAUUCCAAGGAAAUCAAAACUAUAUACGUUGACCGUGUGAACUCCGUCACUCCAAACACUGUGGAACGUGCGGUUGAUGUCCCCAAGGCCAUGCACUCAUCUGAACCCAAGGAAAUCAGAACCAUCAGAAUCCAAAAGCGCGCGCCAGCAGUCAACAGAUUUCUCAUCACGCCUAACAUUGUGCCUCGUAAUGGACCUGAUGGGAAAGAUCCGGUAGUUUCUAGAAGGGAGUCAAUGUCUUUGGUUAGGGCAGGCGGGGGCACGUCUAUGAAGCCGACUAAUGCUCGGAGGCUGUCGACUGGCCGUUUUGAUAUGGAAAGAAUGUCAGCUUCCCCCCUUGACUCUGUGCCUCAAGACAGUGUAAAAAGCUCUUUUGGCGGUAGUAAAAAGGACAUGAACAUUCGUAAUAGGCUCGCUGCUGAUGAAAAUGCAAAGGAAAUGUGUGAGGUGGAACUAUCGAAUAUAAAGAGUGUGGGGGAUAGGCCUUCGUCACCGGCCACAUCAUCAGGUGAACAGGAACUGAGUACAAGUAAAGGGGCGAAUCCAGUUAAAGUUGUCAAUGGAGUGACUGUUGAGCAUGGAAGGACGCGAAGCUUGGUCGAGAGAUUUGAGCGAAAGGAAAAAGUUGAAGUGAACGAAAAUCACUAUCCCGAUAGGGCAUUUAGUGUGGAUGUUGGGCAUGUGGAAACACCAACCACCCCUACCUUACCCCCACCCCCACCCCCCUCUCAGAAUGAUGAGCCGCAAAAUGUUAUGGAACAGUCAGAUUUGGAUGAAAAUACCGUCAUUGAGAACCUAAUGCAGAGUCAUGAUGGGCUAUUGAGUACAUUUAGGUCCCGGCUAAUGAAGUUACAGGUGGUUCGGCAUUUUUGGCAAAGAAACGAUGUUAAAGGAGCUCUAAAUGCUGUGAGAAAAUUGCCCAACCAUUCUGUACAGGCUGAUGUAAUCAGUGUGCUCAUUGAUAGAAUGGAGGUUAUUACACUAGACCUGUUUUCUUGCUUGCUGCCUGUACUUGUAAGUUUGUUGGAUAGCAAAUCUGAAAGGCAUGCUAGUGUCUCAUUGGAGAUGCUUUUGAAGCUAGUGGCCGUUUUUGGUACCGUAGUUCGUACUACAGUUUCCAGACCUCGAGCAGUCGGGGUUAAUCUUCAUGCAGAAGAGAGGCUCGAAUGCUGCAAGCAGUGCCACGCCCAUCUCCAGAACGUGCAAAAGAUUUUACCAGAUUUGGUGAAGAAGGGAGGUGGUGUAGCAAGAUAUGCCCAACAACUGAAUCUUAUUCUCCAAGAGACGUAA